AUGUCCAGCGACCCUCCUCCACCCUACCCUGGGGGGCCAUCAGCACCCCUCCUGGAAGAGAAGGAUGGGUUCCCCUUCCCCGCAGGUAGGAGCUCUCCAGCCAUGGUGCAGCCCCCUUCCGAUGUUGGCCCCCCGCCCUAUGAAGCAAUGCCUCCCCCCCAGUCAGGCUUCAUCCCCCCUCCUAUGCCAGCAGAGAGCUCGAUGCCCUACUUCCCUCCUGGUGGCUACUAUGUGCCCCCGGGGCCACACGCCCCUAUGGGCUACUAUUCUCCCACUGGCCCCUGUGCCCCUGCUGGAGGGCAAACGGCAACCAUGCUAGUGCCAUCGGGCACCGCAACCACUGUGACGGUCCUGCAGGGCGAGAUAUUCCAGGCUGCCCCUGUCCCAACAGUGUGCCCGCAUUGCCAGCAGGCCAUCACCACUAAGAUCACCUAUGAAAUCGGCCUCAUGAACUUUCUUCUGGGCUUCUUCUGCUGCUUUAUCGGGUGCAACCUGGGCUGCUGCUUCAUCCCCUGCCUGAUCGAUGAAUUUAAGGACGUGACCCAUACCUGCCCCAACUGCAAGGCCUACAUCUACACCCACAAGCGCAAGUGCUAGCAGGCCCUGCUCGGCUGGAAAGCUCUGCUGCGGCUGCCACCCCCCUGGUUUACCUUUCCCACCUGCUUUUGUGCUUUUCUGCUCCCCUUCAUCCUUCGCCCAGAGAGGCUCCGGGGCUGUGGUGCCCCCCAGGGCUGCCGGGGAUCUGCUCGGCUGGCUCUUGGGGGGGAGAUGGAGAAGCUGGGUCAGACGGGUGGCUCUCCUCCAAGGCAAGGCACUCCUGGUGCCUGGCUGCGGCUGCCUUCGGUGGAAGGAGGCCGGCCUCACCCGCAGCAGGCAGAAGGAGAAGGAGCAAAGUCCGUGGUGCUCUUGGCUUUUUUAUUUUAUUUUAUUUUCUUAAUUGAAGAAUUUAAAUAUCAUGGUAAAAGUAAAUACAAUUAAAGUCAGAAAAAGAUAGUAUAGAAAUGCAAAGUAAGGAAAAAGAUAAAUAGAAAAAAGGAAAGAAAGAAAAGGAAAUAUGUAAAGAAGUGACUUCCGGUUUUCCUCACAAGUAAAAGCAGAUUUCAUGUUGCCCCCUACAAAAUUACAAAUAAUUUUUUUCUACCCAUCUUUUCAGUCGUAGUGUCAACAAAAGAUCCAUAAAGCAUUACCAGAGUUUUAUAAAAAAA